AUGAGUAUGGAAGUUGAGACUAAAACUCCGCGGCACAGAUUAAACGAAAACUGGACUUUCUGGUACGACUUUCAAGAGAAGAAGUAUGUGAACGCAGACAACUGGAGCGACAAUUUGCAAAAGCUGGGAGUAGCCCCAGACGUUGAAACUUUUUGGAGCAUUGUGAAGGAGGUUGGAGAUGUAUCCUCUCUUCCCAUAAGCUCGAACAUUCACUUCUUCCGGAACGGAAUAGCUCCCAUGUGGGAGGACAAAAGAAAUGCAAACGGCGGAAAGUGGGUCCUUGAGCUGCCUGCAGGAGUGCCGUCUUCGCAGAUAUGGCUGAACACCCUGCUUUUCUGCAUUUCUGAGUCUGUUAUUGUGAGAUCUUCCAAUGGGAUAACAAAAGAUUUCAUCAUAUCAGACGCCACAGUGGACACUUCGCUCAACGGGGUCAUAUGCGGGGCUGUUCUCUCGCCAAGAAAGAACUACACAAGAAUAAGCAUAUGGACCAGUAUUAAAGACAGACGGGUAACCAGAAUAGGAGAGCUGUGGAAGUCAUUCUCUGAGAUAUCAGACUCCAUAAAGCUGAACUUCAAGGCACACGAGAGCGCCAUCAAGGGCUCCAGAGACUCUUCAUCAGAUGUUUAUUCGUUAUAA